AGAGCUUUGUAGAAGCAGAGGGAUGGAUAAUGGUGCUCAUGGGAGUCUUCACCUCCACUCCCGCCGUCCCUUCCCUCUCCUCCCUCCGCUUAUCCCUCCCCGAACGCCGCCGCGCUGCCACCUUCUCAACCAUGGCUGUUUUGGGUGAUGAUCCAGUGCGAAAAUGGAUCCUUACUGAAGGGAAUGCUACUGAAAUCACAAGGAUUAGUUCCAUUGGAGGUGGCUGUAUCAAUCUAGCAACUAGAUAUGACACUGAUGCUGGUUCUUUCUUUGUGAAAACAAACAGGGGGAUUGGGCCAUCAAUGUUUGAAGGUGAAGCUAUGGGGCUAAAUGCCAUGUAUGCCACAAACUCAAUUCGUGUACCAAAACCAUAUAAGGUAGGAGCUUUGCCGACUGGUGGCUCCUUUAUAAUCAUGGAAUACAUUGAGUUUGGGAUGUCCAGAGGAGAUCAGUCUGUGUUAGGGAGAAAGCUGGGUGAAAUGCAUAAAGCCGGGAAAUCAGAAAGAGGCUUUGGUUUUGAUGUCGAUAAUACCAUUGGCAGUACUCCCCAGAUGAAUACUUGGUCUUCAGAUUGGGUUGAAUUCUUUGCAGAGCAUAGAUUGGGAUAUCAGUUGAAGUUAGCAUUGAAGAAGUUUGGGGAUUCUAGCAUAUAUGAAAAAGGCCAACGAUUAAUGAAGAAUUUGCGGCCUCUCUUUGAAGGUGUUGUGACUGAACCAUGCUUGCUUCAUGGAGACCUUUGGAGUGGGAAUAUCAGCACUGAUAAGGAUGGCAAUCCUGUUAUAUUAGAUCCGGCAUGCUACUAUGGACACAAUGAAGCGGAAUUCGGAAUGUCUUGGUGUGCUGGAUUCGGCGGAUCAUUCUAUAAUUCUUAUUUUGAGGUGAUGCCGAAACAACCAGGGUUUGAAACCCGGAGAGAUCUCUACAUGCUUUACCAUUAUUUGAAUCACUACAAUCUCUUUGGGUCGGGAUAUCAAUCGUCGGCUGUGUCUAUAAUAGAUGACUACCUAAGGAUGUUGAAAUGCUGAAGACUUAAAUUCUUUUCUUCUUUGAAGAACUCCUUUUGAUCAUCCUAUAUAUAUCUGUCUUUGUAUGUAUGUAUGCCAACUUUGUACUAGUUAUGAAGAAGUGGUGCAUGGUUCAACACUAAUGUUACUUUUUC